AGAAUAUGUUUAAAAAUAUAUAAAAGUUGACCUCGACUCAAGGGGGGUGAGGUGAAGCAAUGUUGACGCAGAUGGAGGGGCGAGGGUAAAAAACCUUGAAAAAAGGGUUGACGUCAUUGAUACACAAUCGUACGCACUUCUUCUCAAAUAAUUUGCAUCAAUUAUUUUGUUGGUAACCAUUUUGGUAGACAAUGUAAUCAUGGCAACAAUGUAAUGUUACUCUUACACAAACAAAUUAUUCAUUCAGCUUGUCAAUAAAAAAUUCUGUUUUAGAUGAAAGUUUAUUGUCCCCAUGCGAUUAAUUAUCUGUUAAAACUGAUGUGUGAAUAAUUGAGAUGAGAAAGAAAUUAUUAGUUUUGAGAAUAAAAAAAUAAGAAAUUAUCGAACGAUUAAUGGUUAUGUUGACAAGUAUGUCAAGUUUAAAACGUAGUAAUUUUUAUUGACGUAACUUUGACAGGCAGGUGAGAAAGCAAAGCCGUGCUUUAAUGUUUUGAAGGCUCGCGUUAAUAUCAACAGAAAGGCCACCUCCCCAUUAAGGUAACUAAAAUGACCUCUGAAAGGUAUGGAGCGAACGAGUUUGAAAUUAUUUCAUUUGUGGAGAACGGUGUUGGGAGCAAGAUAUACGAUGUUGUUCAAAAACGAAAAGGACGCAAGUUCAACAUGGAGGUGGCAGCACGCAAACCGCUACACAACGAAAUUACAAACACGAAGCUAAAAAAACACAAAACAGAAGAAAAACCAUUUCUUGUGUGUUUAAAGUAUUCUUUUCAAACGAAAAGUCGAAAUUAUAUCAUUCUUACGCAUCAUAAUCAAUGCACCAGCUUCGUUUCCAUGUUGUCCAACGAUGUAGUUUUAGAUGAAGACGAGGUUCGAUUUAUCCUAGCGGAGUUAGUGGUUGCAUUAUCAAGCUUGCAUAGUAUGGCAGUGUCUUACAAUGGCGUGUCUAUGAAAGAUAUCUCAUUUGACAAUUCCGGUCAUGUACUUUUGAGAAGAACAUUUUAUGGCCAGACUUACUGGAGCAAAGAUGAAAUACCGGUGUUUGACCAACACAAUCGAGUUACGAAAAAACCGUCAGCCGACGAUAAGAAAAAUGACUGGCUCAGUUUAUCAAGACUUUUAGUAACUUUAUCAACGAAUGAAAAUUGUCGCCAACAAAAUCUUGGAUUACAUACCAUGUCAAAAGCUGCCACGGAUUUCGCGCUCAAUUCUACAUACGGUAAAGAUUGUGAAGUUAGCAUAAAAACACACCCAUUUUUCGCAAAAAUAAAUUGGGAUGAAGUCAAAAAUAAACAACUUGCUGUACCCAACAGAAUCGUACAUUUUGUAACAGAAUCUUUAAAAAUCAAUCGAGACAUAAAACCUGUUAACAUCGAGAAAACAACUGAAACUUUAUUCAGUACAUACCAAAGACCUUCAGCUAUGAGAAGAUCGAGCGAAUCCUUCGAAAUAACAGAUCGCGUGGAAGGAAUUCGAAAAAGCAGACGGUUCCUAAACAGAUCAGUAUCAGGUUUUGCGCACUGUCUCGAGCCCGUAUCGCAACCAGCAGUUUCUCGUACGUUAUCCGCUGGUUCAAUUUUCCUAAAAUCUUACAGUAAUGGUAUAAGCCCGCCACCUGAGAUCACUGGAUUAUCUUUUAACCGGAGAUCAAGCAUUGAACUGUACAGAAAGCGUUUGGAUGAAAUUACAAAAGUGUUGGACAAUAAUAAGAACAUGAUGGAAAAUUUCAAAAAAAAAGAUGCAGUAACCGAUAGUGCAGCAUUUCCUAGCAACCACGACGACGUACACAAACAGAAAAAAGUAACGAAUAAAAUUUAUGCCGAAAACGAUUUAAUAAGAAAUAUAUUAUCAAAGUACGGUUUACUAAGGGACAAUGUCGUGUCGAUGUCGCAAUGUAACAAUGUUGUGUCGGCAUCGCAAAGUAACAAUGUCCUGCCGACUUCGCAAAGUGGCAAUGUCGUGUCGACGUCGCAAAGUAAUGAUGUCGUGCUGACGUCGCGCAGUCAUAACAGUGUCGUGCCGACGUCGCGCAGUCAUGACAAUAAGGAAGAUACCAGGAACAGCACUAAUUUAAAACAAAUAAAACACACAGACAGAGCGCCGACAAAGUUACCAAACAAACCAAACGGUGUUCUAAGUCCUCAAAUACAGCUAAAUGGGGCUGAUUUGGCGAAAGAUGGCGACGAAAUACAGGGCUUAGUUUUGAAUGUUAAAGCAAAACUGUUUCAGAACGAAAAACUACAAACCAAAGAAGCGCCUCAGAACGAUACCACAGAGCUUGAGAUCGCUGACAAGCACGAAGCGAGAGUUCAUGCAGGUAAUAAUGAAGAGCAUGAAACAGACGAAGGGAGUAAAAUAUCUGCGGUCACACCACCUAAGAAAACCAGCAUCGCAGGUAUUCUUAUGAACAAGCUAAACGAUAUAAGCACUAAAAACAGUCACAAGAAUAAAGCACUUCAGCAAUUCAAUAGUCAAGUGAUACGGCACAAUUCUGAAAUCACAGUAGCUCGACACUCGACAAUAAGAAGAGAGCGUGGUUACACUCUCCCAAUUAACUUACAUAGAUCCUCCACAGCACCUGCUGUCACUCAUACGAAAUAUAGCAGUGGCUCCAGGUCAUUUGAAGAUAUUAACUGGAUACAAGACUCCACCAGUGUGUGUGAUGAGUACAACUCACAUUUACACACGGAAGAUGAUGGUUUUAACGAAGAUCGUGCUUCAUGGCCGCAAGAACAGGAGGAUGAGAGGGAAAACCUUGCCCGUGUGUGGAAACCAGGAAAACCAAAUAAACAAUUCUUAGCAGAAGAAGAACUAAAAAUGAGUUUAAACACGGCUGAAAAUUGUGAUGAUUGCGGAAAGAAUAUUUCUACAGAAACGCGUCAAAACGAGAACAUUUGCUUAAGCUGUUUGAGAUCAAGGAACGAAAGAAAAGAGGCAAUUAUCGAACUUAUCGAGACAGAAGUGAAUUACGGAAACGACCUACGCAUACUGAAAGAAGAGUUUUACGCGCCUAUCAAAGGGAAUGGUAUAUGCACGCAGGAUGAAUUAUCAAAGGUUUUUUUGAACUUACAAGAAUUAGUAGAUGCCAACUCAAAAUUAUGCACUGCUUUAAAAGAAGGAUUACAAGCAAGUUUAGAACAAGAUGAUAAUGAUUUUAUUUACUUAUCAGUGGGUGAAGUUUUUUCGAACUGUGUCGAGUUUUUCGACGCUUACGAUGUAUUCUGCGCGCAGCAGCGCUACUCUUUGGAGCUCCUGGAAAAUUUGAUAAAGAAAAACGACAUGUUACGAAUCUUUUUGAACGUGUCCAGAGAAGAAAAUAAUAAGCUUCGUAAGUUGGACUUGAAAUCUUUUCUAGUAAUGCCAGUCCAACGCAUAAUGAAGUAUCCAUUACUACUACACAGAAUUUACAAAACCACACCGAAAAGCAACUACGACAAACAACACAUUAAAGAAGCGUUAAAUAAAAUCGAAAAGCAGAUUUACAAUAUCAACUUGAGCUCAAGAAAAGAUGAUACAUCCAAUUGGGAAAUUCGUCCUCGGGCAAGCACCAGCUUUUUAUCUUUACAUAAUAUUGAUACCAGCAACAAAGGUGACUUGAAACUAGUAGCAAACCUGUUAAACUGGAAAUAUGAGGAUACCUUGUUACUUUUAAAUGAUGACUUUAAGUUAGCUAAUGAAGAUUUGGUUGGUUUAACAGAGUGGGACAUGAAAAACUACAAAAAACAUGUGCAAGUGAUUCUAUGCGUGAAUGGCGCCUCAGAUGAUUUCGAAAGAGAGGCUCGAAAGGUUGAUUUUAACAGGAUUGAUUGCGAUGUAAACGAGGCUAUGAUUAUAAUGCUGAAAAAGAAAUCUUUUGAAAAGCGUUUACUUUUCAAGAAACCGCUUGAUUUAAAACAACUCGUUACGACAAAUUUGGGUGUUUCGAUAGCUUUUCAACUGACGGAAAUGUAUGGCGACACGUUUGCGCUCAUCGCAAAUAACGAAACAAAACGUAACGUGUGGAUAUCGUAUCUUAAUUUCACGUUGAAAUGUUUAAAAACAAAAUGGCGCAGAAGACGUUACGGUAUGUCCAAUAUCAUGAUAACUACAUUGGUGUAAAAUAAUGAUGCGAUAACAAAAGACAAAUUUAAGUUGUUAAGUUAAAAAAAUAAAAGUUCUUUUAUGUGAAUUGAUA